AACAAAAAGCGAAACAAAGCAAACCGGUUAUUUGCUGCCAGUUUUGUCAGUUGAAAAUGUUAAUCCAAAUGUCCAAAUAGUGUAAAAUAAGUAUUCGGGUUGAACACAGAACAAAAACUCCUCUUUCGGCAAUAGGCAUCAAAAACCAACAAAAUUCCGUUUCGCAAUGCAAAAUUCGUGUUAAUUAACAACAACAAGAACAACCCACAAUCCUAAUCCUCAAAACAAAAAAAGGAAAUAUCCAAAGCGCAAUUUCUUAGCAAAAUUUCUUUUCCCCCAUUUUCAAAAAUAGUUACAACAAUAUUUUUUCUUCUGGUGUACACACUAACACACACACAUAUAUACACACUGGUAUAGAAGAGGACGAGGAAUACGCUAAAGAAGAAGAAGAAGAGGAAGAGCAUCAUCCAAAAAAGAAGCGCAAAUAAAGAAGAAGAGACAGUAAAAGGAGAUCAGUGGAGUUGUGUACCCCCACCACCACCACCACCGCUACCACCCUGUUUCUGUGUGCCCCCCCCCCAAACGCCAAAAGUAGCAAAAAGAAUACCAACAACAUUUACAACAAAUCAUAAACUUCAAUUGAGAAGAGAAGGAAAGAGCAACAACAAAAUGAAUAAAACUUGUGCCCGCUGCCAAAAGGUGGUAUAUCCCAUCGAGGAGCUCAAAUGUUUGGAUAAGACAUGGCACAAAACGUGUUUCAAAUGUACAGAAUGCGGCAUGGCGCUCAAUAUGAAAACUUACAAGGGCUACAACAAAAUGCCCUAUUGCGAGGCACAUAUACCCAAGGCGAAGGCAACGGCUAUUGCAGAUACGCCUGAAUUGAAACGCAUUGCUGAGAAUACAAAAAUCCAAUCGAAUGUGAAGUAUCAUGCAGACUUUGAGAAGGCCAAAGGCAAAUUUACACAGGUGGCAGAUGACCCGGAAACGUUGCGCAUCAAACAGAACACGAAGCACAUAUCGAAUGUGGCAUAUCAUGGUGAUCUCGAGAAGAAGGCAGCCAUGGAGAAGCAGCGCGGUUCUGCAGAGGUUUCCGAUAGCAGCACCCACUCGCCCAUACCACCAGCAACAGCAGCAACACUGCAUCACCAGCAGCAGCAUCAGCAGCAGCAUCAGCAGCAGCAUCAGCAGCAGCAUCAGCAGCAGCAACAGCAGCAGCAUUUGUACCAACAGCAGCAGCACCACCAACAACAACAACAACAACAGCAACACUAUCUGCAACAACAGCAACAGACCUUGCCACCGCCACCCAUACAACAUCAGCAAUACAAUACAGCGGCCAUAACGCCCACAUACCACCACCAACAACAUCCACAACAACAACAACAAGAACCACAACAACAGCAACACAUUCACAGGCAGCAAUCACAACAGCAGCAGCAAUUGAUCUAUGAUCCUUAUGCACACUAUCAGCAACCGCAGGCUUUACGCCAGCAACAGUUGCAACAGCAGCAGCAACAACAAGCCAUUAAACAAGCCUCACAUCUGUAUCCCACAGCAUCAUCGCAAUCACAGCAGCACCAGCAGCAGCAACAGUUGCCGCCAUCACAGCAGCAGCAGCAACAGCAACAGCAGCAGCAGCAGUUGCCAUCAUCACAGCAACAGCAACAGCCAUCAAUAAACAACUACAAUGAUUUGCGUUCAGCCAUACUUCAUAAUUCUCAUCAUCCCAGUGGCAAUGCUGUUGAUCACUAUGAACAGAUGCAACAACAUAAUAGCAAUUCAUCGCUUACAGCAGCCGCACAACAACAGCAGCAACAACAGCAGCAGCAACAACAGCAGCAGCAACAACAGCAACAGCAACAUCAUCAACAACAACAACAACACCAACAGCAGCAAUCGCAACACAGCCUCUUAAAUAAUAAUGCUAGCAAUGGUGGCCUACAAAGCACCAAUAACAAUGGUUCCACUAGCCAUCAGAUGCUAAUGCGCGGCUCGGCAAUAAAUACCGCUGGAGGUAAUAGCCAAACCGAUAUGGGUGGACCCGUAAGGAGCAAGCAAAGUGUCGCAGGUGGCGCCGCCAGUGCUGGUCAUUUGCAACAGUUAUAUGCAUCACCAAAUUAUGCUGCAGUUACGCCAUCCGAGAAUUCAUUGAAUGUUAAGCAUCAUCCCAGCAAUGGCCAUCUGCCGCAGUCUGUUGUACAGCAGCAACAGAUUUUGAACAGCAGCAAUAUUGGUAAAAUUGCCGACUAUGAUCCAUUGACCGAUGGCCCACGGGCCAUGCCAAGUGCUGGUAGAUCGACCACCACUUUGGUCUACAGUUCAACCGAACAGCGUGGAUCCGGCGGAGCUGCAAACAGUGUGUAUCCCAAGAGAAUUGGCUCCAUACAGAAUAUUGAUCCAGCCAAUGGUAUUUACGGAUCGCUGAGCAGUGCCGAGCAGGCCCAGGCUCAGAAACAGCAACAAUACUAUCAACAGGUUCAGAUGAUGCAGCAACAGGAACAAAAUUUACGCCAACAACCAUCAUAUGACUCAGUGCAGGAAAAAUCAUCGCGUCAUGGUGGAUCUUUGCGUGUAUAUCGCGCCAUCUAUGACUACGAGGCGCAGGACGUCGACGAGGUUAGUUUUCGCGAGGGCGAUGUUAUCUUCGAAGUGGAAUCCAUCGAUUCCGGCUGGAUGACCGGUCGCGUGGAGCGUACCGGAAAGACCGGCAUGCUGCCCGCCAACUAUGUGGAGCAGGCGGUUAUAUAA